AUGAUUGUCGAAGAGUUGGAACACACAUUAGAACAACUUCGUGGUAAACAGGUUGAUUCAGCAAUCCGAGAGAAUGCAAUAUUAAUGGAAAAUCAAGCAUUUAUACGUGACAAUAAUAGCAGUGGUGGCAUUGGUAGUAUUGUUCUUGAUGUAAUAGGCGAAAAAGAUAAUAAUAAUUUAGAUCAAAAAAAAAGAAUGACAUUAUAUGAAUAUAUAGACGAGCAUGGUGUGCAUGAACUAAAAACGAAGACACAAGAUGAAGUUUCAACCAUCCAGCAAUUCUUUAAUAGUAGUAAGUCAAUACUUGAUGAAAUAAGUACACAACUUGAACGAUUGCGUGAAAUGUAUGAAAGCAAUACAAUUUCACUUGAAGAAUCUGGUGUGGAAUUUUCAUACGAGAAAAGUAAUAUUCAAGAACGAGAAACUCAUUCCAUGGCCGAGACAUUAGUUUCCAUAGCAAGGCAUUAUGAUCAA